UCCGCUGCCGCAGCCGCCAGCCCGGGACCGCGGGGCAGGUGGUGCCCGCAUCCCCCUGCUGCAGCCCCCGGGAGGAGCCGAUGAGUUGCUGGAUGCCUGGGUGCCCAGCUCUCAGCAUGUGCCGGGGCUUAGCCGCGCUGCCCAUCACUUGCCUGGAAAGAGCCAAGGAUCUGAAGAGCCGCUUGGGCAUCCUGCUUCACAAACCCGAGCUGGGACACAGGAGUGGGAGCUCCAGCAAGCUGCAGCUGGGCUCCAGGCGCAGAAACUCCUCCCAAGAGGUGCUGGAAUGGAGGGAGUCCUUUGACCAGCUCCUCAAGAGCAAAAGUGGGGUAAAUGCAUUCCACACCUUCCUGAAGACUGAGUUCAGCGAGGAGAACCUUGACUUCUGGCUGGCGUGCGAGGACUUCAAAAAGACCCGCUCAAAAACCAAGCUGGCCUCCAAAGCCAACAGAAUCUUCGAGGAGUUUGUCCAAAAUGAGGCACCCAGAGAGGUGAACAUUGACCACGAAACCAGGGAGAUCACCCGCAAGAACCUCUCGGGGGCCACCUCGGCCUGCUUCAACGAGGCGCAGGCCAAGACGCGCACGCUGAUGGAGAAGGACUCCUACCCCCGCUUCCUGAAAUCUGCCUCCUACCAGGACAUGAGCAGGCAGGCCGCCAGCCGCGGCACCAGCAAGCGCUCACACACCUGACCUGAGCCAGGGAACGAGCCAGGGGGCCAGGAACAGGGUGGGACACGGAUUGUGAGGGCUGAGGCCUGUGUGGCGGGGGUCCGGCUGAAGCUGUGGGGUUUUAGCAGGAUCCCCAGCACCCUGAGCGCUUCAGGAGCCGCUGGACAUGGCAUUCCUCCCUCCCUGGGGGUGGGAGCCCUCACAGCUGGAGACCUUUGCCACUGCAAACAUGGAAAGAAAUGGGGUUUGAGCUGUGAGUGCACCUCAGCUCAUUCAGAGAGGGGAUUCCCCUGAGCACCCACAACCCAAGAGCUCCCACCUGCUCUCUGACCGGCGCAAGCAGCACAGGACCUGCCACUCCCUGCUCAUAGGGAAUGGCCAGGAUAAAAACCCUGCGACUACAUGGCAAUUUCAGCUGGAGCGAUCCUGAGCCUGCCUUCUCCUGACCCCAAGAUCCCCAGCACCCUGAGUGCUUCAGGAGCUGCCAGGCCACAUUCCUCCCUCCCUGGGGGUGGGAGCCCUCACAGCUCAGCUGGAGACCUUUGCCACUGCAGGCAUGGAAAGAAAUGGGGUUUGAGCUGCGAGCCUAGCUCAAGCUCAGCUCAUUCAGAGAUGGGAAUCCCCUGAGCACCCACAACCCAAGAGCUCCCACCUGCUCUCUGACCACCACAAGCAGCACAGGACCUGCCACUCCUGCUCGCAGGGAAUGGCCAGGAUAAAAACCCUGAGACUUUGUGGCAAUUUCCACUGGAGGAAUCCUGAGCCUGCCUUCUCCUAACCCCAAGAUCCUCCAGCUGUGUCCUAUGCAUGCUCUGCAUCGAAGUUUCCACCUCCUUCCAGUGCAGUUUUCGUCCCUCGCUUGAGCUCCACGACCUUCAGAUUGCACCUAAUCUUAAGUCACGUGCGUGACGUUUUAUCCCUGUUAUUGUUAUUUAUUUCAUCGUUAUUGUUAUUAUUAUUAUAGCUAUAUUUAUUAGAGCAGCACUGCUGAAAGCACACAUGUGUAUACCUUGCUCUGAGGAGCUUGUAAAUUAAAUUAUUUUAGCUGUUGUAGCACUUAGCAUGCCUCCCACCUUUUCUGUAUAAUAAUUUGAGAGGACCAGACAGAUUUGUAGCACAAAUUUGCAGCAAGGUACACCAGUAGCAGCAGGGAGAGCUGCUAGAGAGUUUGGAUGGCAGUGCAAGGAUGCUUUGCAGGCCAUGCUGUUCCCUCUCUCCCCUUAAAGGUGUGGACGGCAUCUCAGCAGCUUGUCCCAGGCAGGGAACAGAGAGGUCAAACAGGCACUUUGGUGAGCAUCUCUAUGGGAAACUUGAUUUUCACACAUGGGAGAGAAAAACCAGGGCUUUGCCUGGGUUUAUAACUGGGCUUGGUGUUCCCUUGGAUGGUGAAACCAGUCUGCAGCCACAGCACUUUACCAGAAACCCAUGGAGUGAGCGAAACCAUCCUGUGAAUUCAGUGACUCAGGGGUGGCAGGACACAUCACCAGCCCAGACCUGGGGGCAGCUCUUCAGAAAGUCCCUCUCAGCAAGAAUUUUGGAGUUCUGGAGAGGUGAGGGUCCCACUUGGCAGCAAUGGUGGGUGAUGUGGAGCCUGUGCUGGGUCCUGGGGAAUGUGCCAGCAGCACUGCUCCCUGCUGAGAGCUGCUUUCCAGGGCUCUGUUUAUCCCCAAAGACCAAACCUGGAGAUCCUUAUCCCACUGGUACUCACUCCUUGCCAAGGGAACUCUCUUUUGCCCUCCUGUCUCAGCACAGCAUCCUUUGGGCUUUUCACAGCUGCUUGAACAGAGCAAGGGACCAAAGACCAGUUUGGGGAUGUUACUCUGAGUCCUCUUCCACCACCCCCAUCCUGGUCCCAUCUCUGAGCCUCUGGCUGUUGUCCUGGCUGUGUUUACAGGGAGAUAUCAGCUGCUUUCUUAUUUAUUAUUUAUUUUUACAACUGGAACCACCUUUGCUGUGUAACUGAAGCGAGCGAUGCACAAUGGUCUGUUCUCAUUGCCGACGUAACGUUGUCAUUACAAAAUAAAAUAAAAUGAAAUAAAAUGUAAACAGCAAAAUA